AUUCAGAGACUGCUUAGUAAAACUCAUGGAAAAGUUGUUGGCGAUUUGAUGACACCUGCUCCACUUGUUGUUUGUGAAACCACCAAUCUUGAAGAUGCUGUCAGGUUAUUGCUCGAAACAAAAUAUCGUCGCUUGCCGGUUGUAGAUAGCGAUGGCAGGCUGGUUGGAAUCAUUACAAGGGGAAAUGUUGUUAGAGCUGCUCUUCAGAUCCAACGUUCUAGCGGGAGAUACCAUAAUUGAAGAUCAUGACGAUUUAAAGCUCUUCAUUUUGCCAGAUGGAUUGCAGAAUUUAGGGGUAAGUCAUGAUCAACCCGCACUGCCUGUGUCUUCACUCCUUUUUCAUUAUUUGUUCAUGUAAUUUUAGUAGGCAUGUCCCCGGGAUCAUAAUUGAUUGGGUUCACCAAUGUAGUGUAAAUUUUUGUACCAUAUAGUGUCUUUUGUACCCAUUUUUAACUAUUAUAACAUUAAAUAUUUGCAGACACUCCCUAUUUGUGAUUGAACAAAUACUAUUAUUUGGAGAUUAGUAAUAAAUUUUACAAGUUUGUGUUGGUUCA